AUGUUCAAGCGUCUCUCAGGUGGUCUACAGCGCCAGGAUGGUGAUUGGUCUGCCUUUCCUGUACGCCAACUUUUUGUGUUAGCAUGUUGCCGAAUCUGUGAGCCAAUUGCGUUUAUGUCCAUUUUUCCUUAUGUCUACCACAUGGUAGAAUCAUUCCACGUGACAGACAAUGAUCGCAAAAUUGCCCUUUACGCGGGCAUGAUCACUUCUGCAUUUACAUUCGCAGAGUUCUCUACAGGCAUGUUCUGGGGGCGCAUGAGUGACAAGAUUGGUAGAAAACCAGUCCUAAUCAUGGGGCUGAUCGGAACCGCUAUCAGUAUGAUUGUGUUUGGAUUUGCCCCGAACCUACCCACUGCAAUGAUCGCCCGAGCUCUAGGUGGCCUGCUGAACGGAAACAUCGGAGUGCUUCAGACGACCGUUGCGGAGAUUGUAACGGUCAAGGAACAUCAACCCCGGGCUUACUCGAUCAUGCCGUUUGUUUGGUGCUUAGGAUCGAUCAUCGGACCCGCCAUGGGCGGUGCGCUGGCACAGCCGUGCGAAAACUAUCCCUGGUUAUUUCUGCGCGGCACUAUCCUCGAAACUUUCCCAUUUCUGCUGCCCAACGUGGUCUGCGUUGUCGUUCUACUGUUCGGCAUCGUGGUUGGCUUCCUGUUUUUGGAGGAGACCCAUCCGGAGAAAAAGUACAACCGGGACCUUGGUUUGGAGUUGGGCAACUGGCUCAUCGGAAAGUGCCGCAGAUCUUCUGUACAGCUGACCGAGGACACGGAUAUCAAGGUUGAAUCACAGGAAGCGGAUUAUCUCGACUACGAUGUUCCCCCGCCUGAGUACAAGAGCAAUGAGUCCUCCCCGCAGUUGUCGCCGAUGAAGGAUUUGGAUAAUCUGUCCGAUGAUGACGACAUUGAAGGCCUGGUGAAGAAUGAGAAGUGUGGAACUCCUAAGGCUUUUACUAAACAAGUUAUUUUCAACAUCAUUGCCUACGGAAUCCUUGCAUACCACAGUGUCUCUUUUGAUCAGCUGAUGCCCGUUUUCCUAAGCACCCCAAAGUCCGACGAUGAUACCAUAUUGCCAUUCAAAUUUACUGGAGGCCUCGGUCUGCCCACGAAGACAAUCGGCUUCAUGCUCGCAGUGCAGGGUGUUUACUCUAUGAUUGCCCAGCUCUGGCUGUUUCCAUUCGUUGUCCGCCACUUUGGCACUUUGCGUACUUUCCGCUUCGUGCUCCUUGUCUGGCCCCCUCUUUACCUGUUGGUUCCAUACCUCAUUCUCCUCCCCGAAGCGCUUCAGACGACCGCGGUGUAUGCUGCCUUGAUCAGCAAGAUCACCUUCCAUGUCAUCGCUUUCCCGUCAACCGCCAUUUUGCUCGCCAAUGCUGCUCCAUCCUCCAAAGUGCUUGGAUCCAUUAAUGGUGCAGCUGCCUCGACGGCAAGUCUGAGCCGUGCUUUCGGCCCAACCGUAACUGGCCUACUUCACUCGAAAGGUCUCGAGAGUGGAUACUCUGUGCUGGCCUGGUGGGCCUGUGGCAUUGUUUGCAUAAUUGGAGCCAUCCAGAGCUUCUGGAUGGAGGAGAGCGACUCGAAGACCGAUUCCAAGCACACCGAGCAGCAUGAAUGCAAUGCAAGCGAGGCCAACCUGCGGGGCUCGUACACUGCGGGCAAGGAGGACGCCACCCCAGAAGAAGUGCGGAGAUUAUUGUCCUCUGCACGGACUAGUGUUGACGAUUCUGAAAUGCUCAAUGUCGAUUUGACACAAACUCUCGCCAAGUACGAGCAUGAUUGA